AUGCACACGUCGUCGUUUCAGGCCACCACCACGCCCGCGUCACCGCCCACUUUCUCUCUCCUCCCCCGUUCCGUUCCCUUUCCGAUACUCUCUCUCCCUCUUCAACUCAAUCCCGUUCCCCAUCGUCUUCGCCUUCAACUCCCUCAUCCGCUGCCACGCCAAAGCGAACUCUUCACCCUCUCUUUCUCUUUCUCUCUACUCCUCAAUGCGUCGCCGUUUUCUAAACCCCAGCCAGCACACCUUCACUUCCUGGGUGUUCACAUUCACGCGCACGUGGUUAAGUUCGGUUAUGCAUGCCACGUGUUUGUUCGGAACGCUCUGAUUCAAUUUUAUUGUGAUUGUUCCCGUGUUGGUUCUGCCAAAAGGGUGUUUGAAGAAGACACCCUUUGCAGCGACGUGGUGACAUGGAACUCCAUGUUGGCGGGUUACGUGAGAAACGGAGAAGUUCGUUUUGCGGAGAAGAUGUUUGAUGAAAUGCCUGAGAGGGAUGUUGUGUCGUGGAGCACCAUGAUAACGGGGUACGUUCUGAACGGUCUCUUGGAGGAUGGGUUGGAGUGUUUUAGAGACAUGAGGGAGACAAAGGUGAGGCCUAAUGAGGCUAUAUUGACUUUGCUUUCGGUUUCGGCGCAGUUGGGUUUGCUUGGGUAUGGGAGGUUUGUUCAUUCCACCAUUGAGGGGUUGAGGUUUCCAAUGACUGUUCCUAUGGGGACUGCUUUGGUUGACAUGUAUUUAAAGUGUGGUUGCGUUGAAAAAGCUAGGAUCUUGUUUGAUGGGAUGGCAAAGAAGGAUGUGUGGAUAUGGAAUGUCAUGAUUUGUGGGCUGGCUUCACAUGAUCAUGCCAAGGAGGCACUCGCGCUGUUUCAGAGGUUCGUUGGUGAAGGUUUUCAGCCCGUGAAUGUGACGUUUGUGGGUGUGCUUAAUGCUUGUAGUAGGGCUGGUUUGGUUGGUGAUCCGAGGCAUUACUUUAAGUUAAUGGUGGAUGGUUAUGGCAUUCAGCCAGAGAUGGAGCAUUAUGGGUGCAUGGUUGAUCUCCUGGCUCGGGCUGGUUUACAGAUCAUGUGA